AUGAGCAAACCGGUUAAAGAUGUAUCAAUUGAGUUGAGUGAACUAGAACAGAUUGCAAAAUGGCCAGAACUAGAAUUAGAACAGAGUACAAGUACUUGUGCAAAAUCGACAGAACCAGAAGUAGAUCGCAGUAUAAGUGUUACUAAGAAAUGGAUAGAAUUGAAGGAAGCUGUUGUUGUACGCGGACGUCAUCACCGUUCAAAAUGGGAUAUGACCUUCGCAAUAUCGUCUGCAUUUGCUGUGUUCAUUGAUCCCUUGAUCUGUUAUGCUCCCGUCCUCAUCGAUGAUAGCACGUGCUACUAUUGGGACCAAAGGUUGAUGUGGACAUUUUUCGGCUUACGAUCAGCCGCAGAUCUAUUUUAUGCAACGGACAUUUUUGUUUUCCUAAGUCGAAGUCGCGCUGAGCCAUUUGGGAUCUCCUGGACAAGAAUUAUUGGCGGUCCUCAUACAAAAAUUUGUAAAAUGUUGAAUGGCAAGAAAACACUUAGGUUUUUACGCAUUCUGCCUCGCAUUUGUGCUGCUCUUCCCAUUCUACAGGUAAUAAUACUCAGUGGAAAAUAUACAUCCGUUGAUAACAAUGAGUUUUUUUAUCUAAUUCCAAUCCAAUAUACCCUACGAGCUAUUAGGCUCUACCGACGGCUCAAUCGGAGUUCUAACAUAGAGACUACAGUAAGAAGAUUGCUUAAAGCUGUUUUGGACUUCCUUCCCUUCAUCCUUGCUGCUCAUCUAUUCGGAGCCUUGUGGUACAUUUUUGCUGUGGGUCGAAAGAUAGGUUGUUGGCAGGAGCAUGUCUGUAAAUUUGAUGGUAUAUGUGGUCGAGAAACACUUGAUUGUUUCUUCUAUUGCAGUAGUUCCACUCCAGCAAACAAUAUGAAGUUCAAUGGCUCCCUUUUACAAAAGUCAUGCGCUGUACAACUUUCAGAAAAUGUAUCAACUUUACCUUUCGAUUUUGGUAUAUAUAUAUACGCUCUCCAAUCUGACAUGACAAGGUCAAGAGGUCUUCCAGUGAAGAUGUUGCAAUGUCUUUGGUGGGGCCUACGAAAUCUGAGUUCUUUUGGUUCAAACCUCCAGACCAGUUUCUUUAUGGACGAAAUCAUCUUUUCAAUUCUGAUAUCUAUCAGUGGCUUGGCACUGUUUUUAGUAUAUCUCAAUGCAAGGGUGCAGGGGUCGCAAAAAAUAUUAGAUCAGCUCAACUUAAGAGAGAAGAUGCGAAGGAUAUAUCCACAGAUAAUAAAUCAAAUGCGUACUAUGUGCCGUCUCCGCUUGGAUUCACUAAAGAAAGUGCCGAUGCUUAAAAAUAAAGAUGAGAAAAUGUUACAAGCAAUCUGCGAGCAUCUUAAGCCGGUAACUUAUGGGGAGGAUAUUUAUAUCAUUCGAGAGGGGGAACCACUUCGAAAGAUGAUUUUCAUCACGCAAGGCACUGCAUUGACCUACACAACCAUUAAGGGUGGAACAAAUGUUUGCAAGUGCCUUGAGAAAAGUGACUUUUAUGGAGAAGAACUUCUAAAUUGGGCGUUCAAAUUCGGCUCAUUUUCUGAGUUACCUAUCUCCCCUACGACUGUUGUAUCCCAAACAAAAGUUGAAGCGUUUUCUAUUAGGGCCAACCACUUGAAGUCUGUUGUCGCUCAAUUUUGGUGGCGUUUUCAAAAGGAACUUCCGCGUUCUCAGUUGGAGCAUUUCUCAGCUUCUUGCUUGCAGAAAUACUGGCGUCAUCACAAAUUAACUAAAAAUACAGGAUCUAAAGAAAAGAGAGAGUAA